UCUCCGUAAUGGUGUGAAUAAAUUCUAUAUUAAACGUUCCUAUUGCUCUACUGAACUUUUCUUAAAUCUUAUUAGAUAAACAAAUGGUUCAAUAAAACAGAUAAAAUGUCAAUACUUUUCUGCAGGCUGCGCUUUGAUUCCAGAGCCCCUACAAAAGGCACGUUGUUUGACCUUGCAGCGAUAACGGACCACAAGUCACUUGCAAGAUCAGCACGCGUCAAGCAGUUCGCUUUCUGUUACAUCGGAACAUAAACUUUCACUAAAAUGGCUCCGCUAAGUGCACGCAUUGGUCCUUCAAUUCUUAAUGCAGAUCUUUCUCAACUGCACGAGGAAUCGCAAAAGUUGCUCGAGAAUGGGGCAGACUAUCUGCAUCUAGACGUGAUGGAUGGGACAUUCGUACCGAAUCUUACCUUUGGCCAUCCCGUUGUCAAGUGUUUGCGGAACAAAAUUAAGGAUGCAUUCUUCGAAACGCACAUGAUGGUACAGAACCCCCAGCAAUGGAUCGAACCGAUGGCUGAUGCCGGCGUUCAGCAGUACACGUUUCACAUCGAACCGGUCCUCGAUACGGUAACGGACGUCUGUAGGAAGGUGCGCGAGGCUGGCAUGAAGGUUGGUUUAGCCAUCAAACCGGGAACGGCAGUGGAAAUGGUUCAGAAGUACAUCGAUGCCGCGGACAUGGUGCUGGUAAUGACGGUGGAGCCCGGUUUCGGUGGACAGAAGUUUAUGGCUGACAUGAUGCCAAAGGUGCAGUGGUUGAGGGAACAUUAUCCUUCGCUGGAUAUCGAGGUGGACGGAGGCGUUGGACUCGGUACGAUCGAGCAAUGUUCGAAAGCGGGCGCUAACAUGAUCGUUGCCGGUACCGCGAUCAUUCGGGCCGAUGAUCAGGCGACGGUUAUACGAGAUUUGAGGAAUUCUGUGCAAAGUGCUAUUAAUCAGGGAGCAAAAUGUUGAUUCCAUUACAAGCAAAAACAUUCAGCGAAAAAUAUAAAGCUAUGAACGGUUCAUAACCCAUUACAGUA